AUGGAAAAAGUUACAGUAUUGAAGAGGAAAGCCCAUCUCAGAUGGCUAGAGGCUCCAUCAGCGAAGAACUUCCAAGACCUGAAAUGUUCCAAGGCAGAAGCUCAAAGAGCAGCUAGAAGUGCAAGCAAAAUACUGGCAAGAACUAAGCUUGAUAAUAUUCCACCAGAUAUCAUAAAGGCAGGAAAACCAGCUUUGGUGAAACCACUACACGACCUCUUGUGUCAGUGUUGGAACGAAGGCGAAGUACCCCAGGAUAUGAGAGAUGCAAAAAUAAUCACCCUAUACAAGAACAAAGGUUCCAGAAGCGAUUGUAACAACUAUAGAGGAAUAUCACUUCUUAGUAUAGUUGGAAAGGUGUUUGCAAAAGUUGCACUAGGCAGACUCCAACUACUGGCAAACCGCAUCUACCCAGAAUCACAAUGUGGUUUUCGCGCUAAAAGAUCAACCUUAGAAAUGAUAUUUUCAGUUCAUCAGCUUUAA